GUACCGGUACACCUCGGUGAAGAUGAGAAAAUGGGUCCACACUAUGCCUUACAUAAGCGGUCGGCCAAUUGAGCGAAUCACCGUCGACCCGAAAACAAUCACCUCAGGCACCCCAGGCCAAAGCUUGUCCCCGAAUCUCGAGCUCGACGACCACCAUAUCGCAUCGCAACCCACACACCCCCGUCGAACUGACGCCGAUACCCCCCUUCCGCUCUCUCGAACGAAACAGCUGUUUGUUCGAUUCGCAUUCAAUUGACUCCCCCGACCGAAGGAGCAAUUGACCGACAAAAGUCACUCGACGACACUCUAUAUACCCUUUAGACGAGCGCAGCCGACCGCGUUGGGUCGGUAGGAAACGAUUGAGACAGGAUGGCUCAGGAUAUGCCGCCCGUGGGGGGUUACCAGGCUGUGCAGUACAAGCGCAACUUGCCCGCCCGUGGAUUCCGCCCCGGCACGAUGUUGAUCGGCAUGGGACUGGUGAUGGGAUACGGAUGGUAUCAAUUGACCAAGGGUAUCCGGGAAGCCAACGAGCUGGCGAGAGAGAAGAUGUGGGCGCGCAUUCACCUUAUCCCCCUCCUCCAGGCCGAGGAGGACCGCGACCAGGUUCGUAGGUGGUACGCCGACCAGGCGAGAGAGAAGGAGCUGUUGGGCGAGAACACCAAGGUCUACCACAACGAGAGAUUCGUCCGUCCUACCUUUGCUCUUGCGCCGCAAAGCAAGAACUAGAUUUUUCAUAUCUGUACCUGGUGGAAGAGAGCAGGGUUAUAAAGGGAGAUGUAGGAGAGGAAGAUGGGUUGAGGCAAAAGAAGCUGGCAGAACGCUGGCGUGUGUAUAUGAUACUUUUCGGGAUGGAGAGAAUCAAGACGACUUGUUCAAUCAUGCUGAUCCUUCAACAAGUUCUAGGCUGCCUUGUGGUCUUGUCGGUAUGCCUCGAGCGGGACAGAAGAAAGACGUUACUGUGUUGAGGUGAUGCCUAUCUGCGUGCAGUAUGCCUCUCGAAAGUUGCAGAGAGAAUCGGGCUGUUAGAGGAGCCUUACCUGAGG